AUGGGCUUGCGUAUUUCUCAGCCUACUUGUCUCGAGAGCAGACCCUGUGCCCAGGGUGCCAGGCAAGAGUCAGGCUCAGGGAGCAUGCAUGACAUGGCAACACUCACCGCCAACGGGCACCAGCACAUGCAGUGGAGCACCCAACUCCAAGGGGCUGUCGAAAUUGGAUGGAAGACAGGAAGAAGCACGGGAGAAGGCGCCGUAUGCGCGCUAGAUCGCCCACCUGCGCUGGAGAAAGUGCGGGCCAAGCUUGGGCAAGUGAGGGCCGUCGCAAAUUGGGUGACGAAAUUUUUGUUACUACCUCUGUUUGGCCGCUCGCUGCCCGUCGCCGUGUCAGAAAUUACUCUUGACACGGAGGCCAGAAGCGGACCUGGCCUGUUCCUGAAUCUCUCGCGCCCAAAGGUAGUGAGGCGGUCGGUCGUGGUAAGGUCGUCCUGGCACGACGGCAACUAUUACGACCAUUCACACUACAGUACCAACGAUACAGCUAAGAAUAAAUAA